UGUUCUUUGCGCACCCCUGUCCUCUCUCUGGUCCGCUCCUCUGUUCCUGCAGCUGCUGAGUCUCCUGCUCCUUCAGGGCUGCUUUCUUUCCCUGGGAAAUGAGCCCCAGAAAGCUUCCCCAUUGCCAGGAGUGUGGGGUCCUCAAUGGAGCAGCAGGCUCUAGGGCUGGGGAGGGCCUUGGCUGGGGCCUCAGCAUCCCCCUUGGCUGCCUACCAGCCAGCUCUGCCUCUUCCUUCUGGCUGCAUCUAUACCAGCUGCUACUGUGAGGAAAAUGUUUGGAAACUUUGCGAAUAUAUCCAGAGGCAGAAUCAGUACCCUUUAGAAGAAUUUUAUGCUGUUUUCAUCUCCAAUGAUAGAAGGAUGGUGCCACUUUGGAAGCAACAAGCUGGAUGUGGAGAACAACCUGUGAUUUGGGAUUACCAUGUUAUUUUGCUUCAUGUGGCAAGUGGAGACCAGAACUUCAUUUAUGAUCUAGACACUGUGCUUCCUUUCCCCUGCCCCUUUGACACCUAUACUGAAGAGGCUUUUAAAUCAGACAGCAUUAUUAGUCCUGGAUAUCGAAGAAAAGUCAGAUUGGUUCGAGCUGAUGUGUAUCUGAGGACGUUCGCUUCUGACCGAUCCCAUAUGAAAGAUGCCAGUGGUAACUGGCUGAAGCCUCCACCUAUAUACCCGUGCAUUGAAACCGCAGACUUCAAGAUGAACCUGGACAACUUCAUCAGUAUGAAUCCAGAUGUUGGAUGGGGAUCUGUCUUUUCACUUCCUGACUUUGUGCAGGCAUUUGGCAGUCAAAGAACUAAUUUUAGUAUCCCAGGUAGGGAAUAAUUGAAGCUGAAGCAUUCAUUUUGAUGCUGAGAUCUGCCAUUCUUUUGUUUAGUAAUACGUUUUAAAGUUGGAAUAAUAUUCUUGGUUGCAUUUGGGGAAAUAAAAUAAUGUAUGUAAUGAAAAGAAAUAAAUAAUGAAAUAAAAUCUUUUUUU